AUGCAGCGCUAUUACGGAAGUCGAGCUCAUCAUGGCAAGAACGGGAAUACAACAUUUGUCGAGAAGUCAACUCGCGGGUAUGACAAUCUGCCCGAAGCACUGACACUCAAUAGGAAGAUUCUGGAGGGGUCCAAGAUCCACACCGGGAAAACUACAGGUGUGUCGGGCAGCCACGUUGUAAACUUCCAAAUGGCUGACCAAGUUAAACGUAUAUUUGGCGUAAUCGCUGCUGUUGGAUCACAUUCUACAAUCAAGGCCACCUCCCUUGACUUUGAACUUGCUCAGAGCAUUGGCCAACAGACCUUUGAAAACUUAAGACCAUUUUUCUGUGGUGUUCUGAAAGAUGACAAUGAAGUAAGUGCCUCUGGAAAGAAUACAAAGGCUCCUUUGGGUGUGGAAGUUCUAUAUGGGGCCUUCAAAAAAUGGGGCUACCAGACGCUCUUUCAAGAGGACCUUUGUUGGUACGAUGUAUGGGGAAGUGUGUUAACAGAUAUCGAAAGGAGGACUAUGCCUAAAACAAAUUCUGAAUACCAAGCGAGGUGGAAAGAAUUCGAGGAAAAGAGGGCACAAAAGAUGGUUGAUCUUGUCGGGAUUACACAUUUUUCCUGCACCGUCUUGGCCAGAAUUGGAAGGACCAAUCAUUAUGACAGUCCUCACAAAAUUUGUCUCAAUGGGCAGUUUUACAGCUGGUACUUCUUUGACCACAUAAGAAAGGUGUAUACUGCCUUAGAAAACAACAGAAAAGCCAAACCAUUGGUGUCGUACAUGCAUUUCAACACGGGACAUGAGAUGACCGGGACGCGGAUGAUCAACAUGGAUGCCGGUAUGGCAAAGUUUUUCACGGAUAUGGCCUCGUUACCAAACACCUUGACUGUGAUUUUUUCUGACCAUGGUCACAAAAUGACUCCAUUCAGUUACACUGAAGAGGGAAGGAGAGAGUUAUUUGAUCCCGUGUUCCUCAUGAUUGUCCCGGAUGGAGUUAAGGAAAAACUGGGUCCAGAAAGGAUGGGAGCCUUGGUAACAAANAUUUAUGUGGUAGAAAACCAGGAUUAA